AAUUCAGCCCCGUCUGGUUUCUCCCUCGCACUUCGUAUCUUUACCACUGGUUCCAGGCCAUGGAUAGACACUUUCCAAGGGAUGGGGAACUUGGCACUGUCUAUUUCUCCAAUGUAAGUUUACCUAGGGAACUCCCUGCACUUCGCGAUCUUGCAGCUGACCUGCGCACCUCACCGUACGUUACGCGUGUUGAUGCUUGGUACAGUGUACUAGAUGUCUAUCUCAUGGAAAGUGUUGAUUACCGCAAUGUUACAUUGACUGAGGAAGUUUUACACGAUGCACUUGGAAUAUUUCUUCAGUCUAAAAGUGGUGCACAGUUUAAUAACAACUUCCUGUUUGAAGAUGAGCUGACUUGUGAGGAUCCUGCACCACCUUUCUCUAUCUUCAAAAUUAACUUUCAGUAUGGAAGGUUAGAAAAUCGAGCCGACCAGCAAACUGCUAUGAAUCAAGUGAGAGAGAUCGUAUCCUCGGCUAAUAUCUCAGGAUAUCAUGCAGUGUGGGCUCACGUGUACAGCCAGUGGGAAACAGACGCUGCUGUUGGAUCAGAGUUGUGGCGGAACCUGGGUUUGGUUGCCUGCGUGGUAGGGAUAAUGACCCUUCUGCUGCUGGCAGCCCCAAGAGCAGCAUUCCUGGUAUUGCUGUGUGUUCUGGCGACUUUGACUGAGGUGGCGGCGCUUAUGCAUGUAUGGGGCCUCACCAUUGAUACCGUCACCUGUAUAGCAUUAGUACUUGCCAUAGGCUUGUGUGUGGAUUAUGCUGCACAUGUUGCACAUGCUUUCUUAGUGGGGACUGGGAGCAGGCGGGCACGUGUGCAAGCAGCGGUAGAAGGCGUUGGACCUGCAGUGUUGCACGGAGGCUUCUCAACACUGUUAGCCUUUGUCAUGUUAUGCCCUUCUGACUCCCACCUCUUUAUCUCUUUCUUCAAAAUAUUCAUUGGCGUGGCUAUUUUUGGACUUUUUCACGGCCUUGUCCUCAUGCCAGUCCUGCUCGCCCUCAUAGGGCCGGAACCCUACCCCGAUUACAAUAGUCCAAGCCCACUGCUGACUGCCGUGCACGUGGUUACUUCACCAGAAACGUGUCAUGCGAAGCAAACUGCUCAAGAGGAACACACCUUCCAAACUAAUAUAAGUAACGGAGAAGAAAAUGGAGUAAUACUAAAAACAGAUAAGGGGAACAGUACUCUCUCCGCCUCUCAGCCAGAUCCCAUUUCCCUGCAGAAUCACCGCGGUACCCACCCUAAGGUUAAACAUGGCAUCAUAAAUGUAGAUGCUAUAGCUUCCCCGAAGAUGCAAGAUGAAAAUAACGCCAUUAAUAUUUUGGUAAGACAUUCUUAUAGUCGUUCAAGUGCGAGAAGUUGCAGUUAUUCCAAAGACAAAGAUGUAGUAGAGCAUGAAAGAGAUAAUUUUGGCUUUGAGCCGGAUACCUAGCGUGUUACAUAGAUCAUUUUAACAAACAAGAAAACAUACAACUUGUCUGCAGUAUGCUUAGAACUGUUGUGAAAGGCAUCACUAUCAUACCAAACUUGUACGGUACUGUUAUCCCCUGGACUCGCGGCCAAAGACAUUGAGAAAUACAAGUUGAUGUCGCAAGCUACACGUUCGUCCACCCAAAUACGUUGGGUGAUUCGAUGAGUAGCCGUGAUAAAUCACCAUGAGAUCGUUAUACUAUGAAAUAGUGCAAAGUGAAUUAAUGGAGAAAAAUAAGUUAUGUGUCAUAUUUCAGCUUUUGCUGCAUGUCUAGUCACCCUUAUCAAUCAAACAGCAAAUGCAUUUUCGUUACUAUAUGUAGAAAUAAGAAAAAAAUAAGCUGGUAAAUCAUUACCACAUGCUGUACGUGCUUUUAGAAUCAAAACUUAGUCAAAUGCUUUGCGCUUUUAUUCAUGAUCUUAUAGCUUUAAUUUAGUGUUAACUGAAUAUUUCAAAGGUCACCAUCUGUAGAUUUUAAGACAAAUUAAUAAUGUUCUCCA